AUGGCGGCUGCACAUUCGUCGUGCUUGACAACGGGAUGCCUUUAUAGAGUUAUUUUCAAAGAGAUAAGCUUGUUCAAAAGAAGUUUGUACGCAGGAUUCAAGAUAGUUAGAGUUUGUUCAUCCUUAUCUGGGCCACAUCCAUUUCUGUCAGCAUCUCGUACUGGAAAUGAACGCAGUGAAGUGCUCAGCCGCUAUGACAGCCUUGUGUGCUCUGCCUCCCUACGCGAAGAUGCCCAGCAGAGAACUGCACUGUAUCAACUAGAGAAGUUAAACAGAGUUAUGACAGACUAUAACAACAUCCCAAUGUAUCUCCCUCCACCCAAAGACUGUAAUUUACAAAGUCAAUUCACACCACAUGAGGAGAUCCCAAAGCCACAACCUCCUUGUGGUCACUAUAUCUAUGGUGACGUUGGCACUGGAAAAACAAUGUUGCUGGAUCUUUUUUAUUCAUGUGUGAAAAACCGCAGAAAAAAGAGGGUUCAUUUCAACGCAUUCAUGUUAGAUGUACAUAGAAGGAUCCACAAACUAAAACAGAGCCUGCCAAAGCGAAGGAUAGGUAAAAUGACAAUGUAUGACCCCAUCUUUCCGGUUGCUAUGGAGAUUGCAGAGGAAACCUGUCUCAUAUGCUUUGAUGAGUUUCAGGUACUGGAUAUAGCAGACGCUAUGAUUCUGAAGCAGUUAUUUGAGGGCUUGUUCAAAUGUGGUGUGGUGGUCGUUGCUACCUCAAACCGGCCACCUGAAGACUUGUACAAAAACGGGCUUCAGAGGGCUGCUUUUGUGCCUUUCAUUGGCGUACUCAAGAAGCACUGUCAUGCUAUCAAUCUUAACACCGGAAUAGACUACCGGACAAUAGAAAUGGAACUAGCAGGGCGGCUGUACUACAUAUCAAGUGAGCCUGAUGCUGAGAAUGCUAUCAAUACUCUAUUUGAGGAACUGGCUUACAGACAAAAUGAUGUAACCAGGCCAAGGGUAUUGAACGUGCACGGAAGAGAGGUUACCUUGAGCAUGACAUGUGGUACCAUCGCAGACUGCACCUUCCAAGAACUGUGUGAGCGUCCAUUAGGUGCAGUUGAUUAUUUAGAAAUCGCACGGUGUUUUGACACAGUCUUCAUACGAAAUGUACCUCAACUACGAGUUGGAAUGAAGGACCAAGCUAGACGCUUCAUCACACUCAUUGACAAUUUUUACGACCAAAAGGUUAGAGUUGUAAUGUUGGCCGAUGCACCGCUACACUGCCUCUUUGAUCAGGGACCCAUGAAUGGAGAGGAGGCGAGAGAUCGGCUUAUGCUAGAUGAACUCGGCCUAACAGAUGAGGCCAGUAGUCGGUUGACACUGUUUACAGCGGAGGAGGAGACCUUUGCGUUUCAGAGGACAGUGUCACGCCUUAGAGAGAUGCAGAGUGAACAGUAUUGGAUUAGGGGGGAUCGGAGUAAGAAGUGAACUAAACCUCUCUUGCCAUCUACAACUACCUCUAAAUCACAGAACAUAUUAAACAUAUCUGCAGAGUCAAAACCUUAAGCACUCUUACUUUGCCACAUUCUCAUACUGUAAACCAUAUAUUGUUACGUAACUAACUUUAAAGCAAACAGAAAAAGCUAUAUGUUUGCUGUACUUUUAGGAAAGAUUUAAGCAAGCAUGUAAUAGUGGGUGCGCAUGCUGGGUGAUGAGAAGAUGUAUAGCGCCCUCUAGUGGAUAGUAUACUUUUUGGAAUUUGUAAGUUGACACACAGACCCAACAUUCAGUCAAAUAUGAAGGGGAAGAAUGUUCAUUUUAAAUGUAAUACCAAAGUUUACCUAUUUAUUUAAAUAAAAUGUGUCUAAUGUGAUUUUUGCCAAUUAUGUUUGCUUAAAUUAUUGAAAUGGGUAAAAUAAAACUGUCCUUCAAUGACUUUCACUGGUUCUGGUAAUAUUAAAAGGCUAGACUGAACAGACCUCCCCUAUAUAUAAUCUUCUCUUCCUAGGACCAGUCAUGAGCCUCGGUGCUCGCCAGUUUCUUUUAUUAUCUGAAGAAUAAAUUGAAAGUUAAAAUGUCGUAAAUUGUGGGAAAGCAGAAUGUCAGUAUUUGGGCCAGACUGUGUCACAACAGUAUUAAGGCCUCUGCAACAGUUUUCCCUUGUAGUUUCUCUUUUCGGUCUAAAGGUGGCAGCAUCAUAUAGUACUCGCAUCCACGUGCUCUUAUGUUUUGGUUUUAAGAUGACAU